AUGACGGUGAAACCAUUUAACGCUUGUCGGAACGAGACAAUAGCAUCAAUUUCAUCAACCCUUCCACCUGAAGCAACUACAACGUUCACGGCAAGACCCAUGACCAUAAAGGAGCCUAAAGAGGCAUCGAGAAAUUCCGUAAAUGACAUAGCAACAUGCCUAGAGCGUUUGAUUCAUCCCAGCUCGCCGGUCCUAGAUGCGGAAGCCAACGCCGCUUCUUUGGUUCGCCGAGAAACACCGGAUGAGAGUUUGUUGGCCCGCUUAGUCUCCGAGACUUCGGAUGAGCGGUACCGAUGCCCAUUAUCCUCGCCAUUACUGCAGCCGGCUCCUGUGUUGCUACAGCCACUGCUCGCAGAACCUAAGGUCGUCCCAAGGCGUGUUUCCAGGGGGCCUAAUGAACUUGGGCACAUAACAGGAGCGGAAUCCAAAUCAGGAGAUGCGUCGACAUUUGGACUUAAGCCUAUGUCGCCACUUGAUUCUACUUCGAGGAUAAGGCCGGAGCCGAAAAUCCUUCGGAGUGAACAACAUGAGCUCAGGACAGGAGCUGUGUCAAGAUUUGAGGCAGUAGCAGAAUGUGAUUUUUCGUCUGGACAUGCUGAACUUGCUUGGAUCUCGCGCAAGCAGCUCGAGGUCUGUCUAGCGGAGGCCGAAGCGUUCGUAUCGAGGCAUACUAACUGUGAGCUGGCCAGAUUUAUGUUUUGCUUGGUUAAGAGCUAA